CAACGUAGUGUUAUUUUCUCUAUGGCACAAACAAACAAACCGCUAAACGUGAAACUCUCUAUAGAUUGUGUUAAUUUAAUUCCAAGGGAAUAUUUAAUCAGAUGCAUGAAAUCAACAUGACGAAACCACGUAAUCGUGCGUGGCUGGUGUGGAUGAUAUGUUUUUUGUGGCUAUUAUCCUUAUUGGCUGUAGCUUGGUCAUUGAUUUUGUGCUUUACUGUUGGUGAUUUCUUAGUGCUGACUCAGACGGAUAUCGUGAAUGCUUUCCUUCUUCUGUCUGGGCUGACGAUGUUACCGGCUAACAUAUUCAUGAUGUACGCUGUGGCCAACGGAAAGAAAAUAGACCCAAAUUCCAGAGUCGGUUGUUGCCCACUUUGGUUCUGUAAUCUUUGCAUAGUAUCGGUUAACGCUGUUGGGGCUAUACUAUGCAUCAUAAGAAUACGACACUGCAAAACAUUUGUUUCAAAUUUAAUAACAACGAGCUUGAAAGAAUACCGCAAUGUUCCUACGCUUAAGCGUUUUAUGGAUAACGUGCAGUGGGCUAUGAAAUGCUGUGGGGCGAAUUCUUACAAAGACUGGUUUAAAUAUAACUGGAAUGACAAAGCCGGUGGCUUUGAUUGGGACAUGGUUGAUAUCAAACUCGAAAACUUACAAGCUGAUAGCGUACCUCUGAGUUGCUGCAAGAGUGGGUCAUGUAUAUCAAACUAUCUGACUGAACUCGGGACGUUUUCCAUCAACACAGAUGGAUGUGCGGAUGUCGUCUCGACAUUGAUCAAAUAUUCCAUGUGCGCCAACUUGCUCCUGUUCGUUGCUGUUAUAUGUUUGCAGGUUAUGAUCCUAUACCACAUGAAGGAAUGUAAGUCCAUGAGUGAAUCCGUAAAAACCAGCAUUCAAAGUGAAGAACCACCAAAAGGGCCACAAGUGACGGACCUCAUGUUGGUGAAUCAGAAGUUCGCGGCAUCCAGUGACUCAUAUCAGAUGUACAGUGAUAAUAACAAUUAAAGAAUUUCAGACCAACAA